AUGACUUGUUUAGAUGAAUUGGCUCAUUCAUUGGAAUCAAAAUCAGACACGACAAACUUCAAAACAAGGAAUAGCAAAAUAAAGACAAUUGAUUUAUAUCAACAAAAUGAAUUACUGGGAAAACAUCCUCAAGAUCAAGAUAAAUUUUAUCGAUUACCAGCAAUAGAUCCUAUUGCGAGAGAUAAAAAACCUUGGAAAGAAGAUAUCAACUAUUUCAAUAAAUGUUAUAUAUCAUCAUUAGCAUUAAUGAAGAUGUGUACACAUGCCCAAACUGGAGGAUCAAUUGAAAUUAUGGGGAUGUUAGUAGGGAAAAUCCUGGGCCAUUCCAUUAUUGUUAUGGAUACUUAUCGAUUACCUGUAGAAGGUACAGAAACUCGAGUGAAUGCUCAAAAUGAGGCAUAUACCUAUAUGGUUGAAUAUUUAACUGAACGACAACAAUUACUGAAUGGGAAAAAUGAAGAAAAUAUAGUUGGAUGGUAUCAUAGUCAUCCAGGAUAUGGAUGUUGGUUGAGUGGGAUUGAUGUUAGUACUCAAAGUUUGAAUCAAGGUUUCCAGGAUCCAUAUUUGGCCAUUGUUGUUGAUCCUGUGAAAACUUUAAAACAAGGUAAAGUAGAAAUUGGGGCUUUUAGAACGUAUCCUGAAGGAUCCCAGCAACAACCAUCAAUGACAAAUAAGACCAGAAAGGAUCAAAAUAAACCUCAUAACUCUGGUGCUAAUGCUAAUCGGAAGAUUUUACCUAAAUCAAAACAAAAAGAUUUUGGUAGUCAUGCUGAUAAAUAUUAUAGUUUAGAUAUUGAAAUUUUCACCAGUUCAUGGGAUGAUAAAGUUAUUGAGAUGUUAAAAGAUGAAGAUUCAUUGACUUGGAUGAAGAAUUUAUUAGUUGAUAGUAAUAAUAAUGAUAAGAUAUUAGGGAUUAGAAAAGAUGAAAUUAGAUCUAUUGAAUUGAUUAAAAAUUAUGAAUUGAUUCUGCAAGGAAAUCAUAAUGCUGAUGAAGGUGAAACAAUAUUUGAUCUUAUUGAACAAUUGAAAAUACAAGCUAAUACCCCUAAAUUUAUGCUUGACAAGUUAACUACCAUGAAAUUUGAUUCAACUUUCGAAAGUGUUUUAUACAAGAGAUUAUUGAAAAAAACCCAAAAGUCAACCACAACUAAAAAAAAUAGGAAAGAUUUGAGUACAGAUAUAGAUGAUGAGACCAUGUUAGAUGAAAGUGAUUUGGAAAAAAAUGUGGGUACUGGUGGCAUUGAAACUAGUAUUAGUUCUGAUGACGAUGACGAAGAAGAAGAGGGAGAGGGAGAGGGAAACUCUUCAUCUAGAAGAGAUAACAACAACAAUGAAGUAGAGGAAGGUCCCACCGAUGAGGUUGAUUCUGAGUAUGCAAAUGAAGAAUUAUUAGAAGAAGUCGGUGCAUUAGAGAACUAUAAUUUUAAUGAUCUUUUGGAAAAUAAAUCUGCUAACAAGUUCCUUCGUUCCGAGCAAAAAAUAAAGCAUAAAAAUAGACCAAUUCAUCAAAGAAUGGAUAAUAGUUCUAUGAUAUCAGAAUGGAAUCGUUUAGGUCACCAACAGCAACACAUGCCUGCAGAUUAUCCGUAUCAAUGGUCUAGUAAUGUUGCCAACUUGGUCAAAACAAGUAAAACCAAUCGUAGAAGGGAAAGACUUCAUCGAUUACAAGGAGCAAGUAUUGAUAAUAAGAAACAAUUUGAAUUGGGAUUACAUGGAAGUCCAGAAUCAAAAGCUAAAAGUGCAAACUUGGUCAAAUUAGCUAAAUCCAUUGGUUUAAAUGAAGUUUUUGAUUUAAUAACAUUGGAUGCUCAACAGAAACUAUUUGGAUGA